CGGAAGUACAACUUGUAAUUCCAUAUCGCGUCCACAUCUCCAAGUUGAUUUUCUGGGUAGCGGGUCCUGUAGUUCAUAUAAAGCGCUCCGCUUUCUUAACGCUAUUUUCUCGCAUCUUCUCUUCAAGCUCUCCAACUUGACACACUCGACGGACUUAAAAUGCCUCCAACCCACAUCAACCCCCCUUUCCGCGCCGAUCACAUAGGCUCUCUCCUCCGCCCCCCAUCUCUACUCCAGAAACGCCGACAGCUACACGAAGGAAAAGUCGACAAGGCAGAGCUGAUCGCUGAGGAAGAUCAGGCGAUCGCGGAGAUUGUGGAGAUGCAGCGGGAGGUUGGGAUUAGGGGGAUCACGGACGGUGAAUUUAGGAGGUUUCUUUUCUUCGAUGGCGUAUUUGACACGCUCGAGGGAAUGAAAUUUCACCCGCAAGCACCUCUCGACUGGUUCAUGCCCUAUGUGCCAGUGAACCAAGCAAUCAAGGACAGGGUUACGGCGUCUGGUGCUGCCGGAUUUCCGUCACUGUUCUGCGAAGGAAAGCUGCGCAGGACGAAGUCGUUUUAUAAAGAUCAAUUCGAAUAUCUGAAGACUAUUACCAGUCCAGAAACCCAUAAGAACAUCAAAAUCACGAUGUGCGCUCCUGAGUUCUUUCAUCUUCGCCAUGGAGAAUAUUCCUACCCCAAGGACGUAUACGCCAAUGACGAAGAAUACUUCGCCGAUAUCACGGUUGCGUACCGGGAAGAAAUUCAAGAACUCUACUCGCUUGGUUGUCGAAACAUCCAAUUUGACGAUCCAUUGCUUCCCUACUUCUGCGCCGAGUCUGUCCUCAGCGGCAUGAAAGCCCGCGGCGUCAAUCCCGAAAACGUCCUGAACACCUACUUUCAAACGUACCAAAACAUCCUGAAGGACAGACCACAGGAUAUGAACAUCGGGAUGCAUCUUUGUCGGGGAAACUUCAGAGAGAGAAAAUAUGUCAGUGAGGGUGGGUACGAAAUAAUCGCCAUCAGAUUAUUCAACGAGCUUCCUUUGGAUUGCUAUUAUCUCGAGUAUGACGAUGGCAAAUCGGGAACGUUCGAACCUCUGAGACAUCUGCCCAAAGGCAAGGUCGUCAUCCUUGGCCUCAUCACGACGAAGUAUCCUGAGCUCGAGGAUAAGGAGGACCUCAAAGCCCGUGUUCACGAAGCCGCAUCUAUUAUCGCUAGCGGAACAGAACCUCGCUCGUUCGAAGACGCUCUUCAGCAGAUUUGCAUCUCUCCGCAGUGCGGUUUUGCUUCGAGUGCGAUUGGAUGCAAUGUCUCCCCGACGGACAUGGCGAAGAAGCUCUCCUUGCUCGUGCAGACGUCGAAGGAGAUCUGGGCAGAUGCUUAGGCAAAC